AUGGUCUUAAGCAAGCUCCUUGUGAAUGGUUUGACAAUUUUAGCACUCAAUCUCAGUUUCACUUGCAGCCCUCAUGAGAAUGCUCUCUUCAUUUGUAAAAGUGAACGUGGAGUUGUUCUUCUGCUUUUGUAUAUUGAUGACAUGAUCAUUGCUGGAGAUGAUGUUGAUGGUAUCUCUAAUCUCAAAGCCUCCCUUCACCGUAUUUUUGAGAUGAAAAAUCUUGGUUCUCUCAGUUAUUUUCUUGGUCUCGAGGUCAUAUCCACAGAUGAUGGUAUCUCUCUCUCUCAAGCUAAGUAUGCUUUCGAUCUUCUUGCUCGAGCCGAUAAUCUUACUCUUUAUCGACAGUUAGUUGGAGGACUAGUCUACUUAACUGUCACCCGACCAGACAUUACCUAUCUGGUUCAUGUUCUUAGCCAGUUCUUGUCAGCUCCUCGUACUACUCACUAUGUGGCAGCGUACUCGGAUGCUGAUUGGGCUGGUGAUCCCACUGAUCGUGGUUCUACUAUUAGUUAUUGUUUGUUUCUUGGCGACUCUCUCAUUUUCUGGCGAGCUAAGAAGAAAACGUUCAUUGCUAUCUCGAUCAAGCACGGAAGCUGA